CGUGUAUGAGCCCGUGUAUAUACGGGGAGUGUAUAGAUAUAUCCGUGUAUGAGCCCGUGUAUAUAGGGGGAGUGUAUAGAUAUAUCCGUGUAUGCGCCCGUGUAUAUAGGGGGAGUGUAUAGAUAUAUCCGUGUAUGCGCCCGUGUAUAUACAGGGAGUGUAUAGAUAUAUCCGUGUAUGCGCCUGUGUAUAUACGGGGAGUGUAUAGAUAUAUCCGUGUAUGCGCCUGUGUAUAUAGGGGGAGUGUAUAGAUAUAUCCGUGUAUGCGCCCGUGUAUAUAGGGGGAGUGUAUAGAUAUAUCCGUGUAUGCGCCCGUGUAUAUACAGGGAGUGUAUAGAUAUAUCCGUGUAUGCGCCCGUGUAUAUACAGGGAGUGUAUAGAUAUAUCCGUGUAUGCGCCUGUGUAUAUACGGGGAGUGUAUAGAUAUAUCCGUGUAUGCGCCCGUGUAUAUACAGGGAGUGUUUAUAAUGGGGAGGGGGAGGUAUGAGAGGUAUGAGAGAAAUGCAGAGGUUUCUACAGUCGCAACUGCCCAGUCUUGUACUGAGAGACUCACAGCAACAGGGAUGGGGGUGAAGGCGCUGAAGUGUUUCCCUUGGUAUGGAAGAAGGAAGGAAAGAAAAAGGAAGAAGAGUGAUGAGGAACCUCCUUCUCCUCCCUCACCUCCAUCCCCCUCAUCCUCUGGCCACAAGCCCAGUCUCCGCUCCACUCCCUCGGUGAACAGCGACACGGAGGCCCAGCAGAGUAGGGCUUACUUCAGUGGCAAGGCCAGGGUGUCCUUCCGCCACCAGAUGGACUCGACCAUGUCCGCUAACGACUCCACCUUCUGACGUUGGAAUGAGCCAAACUCUCUCUGAACGUCGUUACAGGGGGGUUCCUGCUUCCUGAGCCAAUCAACCGUAGGACCUUCUGAGACACCUUCUCAAGUGAGGCUUCUAGUGAGUUCCACCAUCGGAGCCUCAACUCCAUCUUCUGCCCCUCGAGUGUUACAUUGCAUUGGGACAUAUAUGAGCCUCAAGAACAAAUACUCUCCGACCCCAAUGGGGGACCUUAAUGCACCCACCUUCUGAACCGAGCUUACAAAUGGACCUACCUACUUCCAGUUGGAACUGUCCAUAACCAAGUUGGACCUCUGGUAAAUACAAAUGGGGAGCAAAUGGACUUCUCAUUGUAAGUCUAUAAAUGGAUGUAGCAAGUGUAACCUCCUGUGCCUUAACGAGGGGCAGAAAGACCCUCCCCAACAAAGCCAUUCUGAGUCUCAGCUGCUCCUCACAUGGUGACCCUCUAUCCUAUCAAACUCCGCCUUCUGAUCCUCCAACCUGCACAUCUACCUAACGUUCUAACCCCUAGGGCUUGAUAACUGCAUACUCUAACCCCCAAGCCUUGACUACUCCAUACUCUAACCCCCAAGCCUUGACUACUCCAUACUCUAACCCCCAAGCCUUGAUAACUCCAUACUCUAACCCGCAAGUCUUGAUAACUCAAUAUUCUUCUAACCUCCAGGUCUCCAAGUAACUCCACAUAACCUUUUAACCUUCAAGAUGUGAUAGCUCCAUUGUGCUAACCCCCGAGCCCUUGCCCAAGGGUAUGGCCACCUUAACUCCACGUUCUAAUCUACAAGCCCUCCGACUUCUCCUACCCCCUUCAUUACAAUGUGAUGGUUUGGCCCAAGGGUUUGGCCACCUUAACUCCACGUUCUAAUCUCCAAGCCCUCCGACUUCUCCUACCCCCUUCAUUACAAUGUGAUGGUUUGGCCCAAGGGUUUGGCCACCUUAACUCCACGUUCUAAUCUCCAAGCCCUCCGACUUCUCCAACCCCCUUCAUUGCAAUGCGAUGGUUUGGCCCAUGGGUAUGGCCACCUCAACUCCACGUUCUAAUCUUCAAUCCCAGAUAAGUCCGCUUCCAGGGAUCAGCCCUGGAUAAUUCCAUUCUGCACAACAAUCCGGGCUAAUGAAAUCGCAUUCCAACACGGAGACGUGAGCAGCAACAUGUGGCCCUUGGUGUUGACGACAAACAAAGCCACAUUCUGAUGGGAGGCCUCCCCACCAAUGCCAGCGUGUGCUCCAAGCAAACAUCUCAACGUUCCCUCCCUCGGAGCCCGAUAACAAAUUGGGUGAAGCCCUGAAAUAGAUUUGGGUGCUCAGACCUGCAGAACGACUCCUUGCCAGCUCCAGCUGCCAACCACUCAUUAGCAGCCCGGCCUUCCAAUAGCCCGCGAUAAACACUGGCGGCUCCGCCCUCGAACCCAUGGAAACAUCACGUUCUGAGCCAAUUUAAUCGGGGACAGUAACUGCCUUCUCAGAAAUAAACUCACCUUCUGUUCUAUGUUAAUGAGGCCUAUCUAUAGCUCCGCCUUCUAGGGAUAAGUACUAUAGCUCCGCCUUCCGAUCCUCAACAGAACCUCAUUUAUGGACACAAAGCCCCUUCUCUACGGGCUGCCGAAAGCAAACGUUCUUCCUGAACUCAUUAGCCACCGACGCUUACGGCUGGGCCCGGGCCAAGAGACUCCACCAAUGAGCUGUUACUUUGCUGUUGCCCCGGGACCCCUCGUCAGGGUAAAGGCAAUAAAUAUAUGUCGAUUUUUUUUUAAUUAA